UUUUACAGGGGUGCCUCGGGACUGUCCAAAAUUUUACAGGGUGCCUCGGGACUGUCCAUAAUUUUACAGGGUGCCUCGGGACUGUCCAUAAUUUUACAGGGUGCCUCGGGGCUGUCCAUAAUUUUACAGGGGUGCCUCGGGACUGUCCAUAAUUUUACAGGGUGCCUCGGGACUGUCCAUAAUUUUACAGGGUGCCUUGGGACUGUCCAUAAUUUUACAGGGUGGCUUGGGACUGUCCAUAAUUUUACAGGGUGCCUCGGGACUGUCCAUAAUUUUACAGGGUGGCUUGGGACUGUCCAUAAUUUUACAGGGUGCCUCGGGACUGUCCAU